GCGGCAACGGUUGUCCGCAAGUUGCAUGCCGCAUCCAUUCGCCAACAAUUUGCCCACAUUCGUGCUACCUGGCUUGGAUGCCCAAAGGAGAUCGGCUUGGCAAUUACUUUGAGGCAUGACGCAGACGCAAAUUGGCCCCCUACCAACCGCAAAUGGCACCACGUGUGCUCUCGUCCAAUCGUCUAUUCACAAGGUAACAGAAUGCCAGCCAUCCGGAUGCAAGGUCAUGCUUCAGGACGCAUCAUCAGUAGAGACUCGGGCUAG